AUGUUAAUCUCUACUAGGAGACACCUACAAAGUUUGAUGAGAAGCAGUCAAGGUCUGCCUCUACGAAUCUCAUCAGCUCGAAAUCUCUACAGAUCCCAGAUUGACACCUUUCGUCUUUCAUCAACGCAGUCCAGCAACCCCUCUGAUAUCUCACUGAAUGCCAACUCAAAAAGGAAAGAUCAACAAGAGCGCUUUCUGAGUGAGAACGUCCUUGAUACCUUCUCGCUGGAAAAUCGCGUGAUCGCCAUCACUGGCGGUGCGCAAGGUAUCGGUCUCGCUUUAGCAGUUGCCGCCACUCAAGCCGGAGCCAAGGUUGCGAUUCUGGAUGCAGCAGAAAGACCGCAUGGAGAUUACAUGAAGCUUAAAGAUAUUUCCCCGGAGUCGAGGUAUUAUAAGUGA